CAAUGAUAUUCAAGACGGCGAGGAACAAGAUGGCGCGAUUGUGCGGAAAAUACAACUUUUCAGCAACUUUUCACGUUCUAGGGCACGCGCACAAUAUUGGCAACAAGAACUGAGAUUUUGUAGAGUUGAAGAAAACGUUUUCUUCAAAGAUGGAGUGAUGUUUAUUCACGUGACUACUGACCGGGGAUUUCCCCUCCUCUGCAAGUUUCGUUUUCGAAUGAACACGAGUGAAAAAUAAAUUUACAAGGUCUGCAUGCUUCGAAUUGGUGUGGCUUUCUCUGCAGUGUACACUGCAUUUUAGAAGGUCCAGAAGAUAUGGCGGCAAACCUUGCACUUUUGAUUGGUCCAAGUUAUGCUAGUGAUCUGCCAGAUUACUGCGGCCCAUUAGAAGGUGUUCAAAAUGACCUUGAAUUAAUGACAGGCAUGCUGUGUAGAAAUGGAUUCCUGUUGGAAAACAUUAAGGUCCUUGAGGGCCAGGAUGCAACACGCGAGAAUAUCUUGAGCUCCCUAGAGGAAGUGUCACGCAAGGCAGAGAGUGGAUCAGUGGUAGUGAUACACUUCAGUGGCCAUGGCUAUGAGCUCCCUGAUCAAUUUGACCAAGGCUUGAUACCUACUACUUUAACCAGAGAGAUGGUUGAUGAGUACCACAUAUAUGAUACAUGUAUUACUGGUGAACACUUCAAGCCUCACCUAUUGGAGUUACACAAGAAAGGUGCACUUGUCAACACAAUCUUUGACUGCUGUUUUUCUGGCCGCAUGUAUCGUGGCUUCUCAGAAACUGAUACAGGAAGUACUCCAAGAGCCAUACGACAGCUUGCAUUAUCUGAUGAAUAUGUCAAUGAGCAUCGCAAGAUUUUGAAGUUUAAAGAACCUCUCAAAACUCCAGUGGAACAGGAUGAGCCAGUGGAACAUGCACCAGUACAAGACACACAGCCACCAAAUCUACUAUACCCAACCAUACCGCUUCAUUACCCGAUUCAGGAAUUCUGGACACCAAAGUUACAGUCACAGGGAUGGUCACCAAUGCAGGAAGACAAGUUCAUUCACAUCGCAGCUUGUAGCACAAAUGAGAAAGCGUAUGAGCGGUGUGACUCAAAAACUGAUAAAAUCUAUGGCAGCUUGACUUCAGCCCUGGUGGAAGUUAUUGAUGGGAUUGAACCAGGUGAAAGGAUAUCCUACCAUACUCUUCAAUGCCUCCUCAGACGAAAAUUUGCUGAAAGAAGACAUGAGCGUCCAGCACCGCAAACCCCACAGUUUGAGGGUGGCAAUAUGAACUUGGUGUUAUUUGGUUUUGAAUCAGUAUCGCCACCUUCAAAAUCUGUUGAGAUCGUGGAAGUCAAAGAGUUGGAAGGAUUUACCACCGAAGUCGUACUCCAAGGUGGCUGGCUACAGGGCAUCGUGGAGGGAGAAUAUGAUGUGGUUGAUCCUAAGCUCACAGAUGACAUGGUUGACUCGGAGCAAGAGAGGGAUCUUUGGGUGGCACGCAUAGAUGUUAGUCCAGAUGACAUCGAGGCAAUCAAGUCCUAUGGAAAAGUGUUGUAUGCUGAUCGUUACGGCCCCCAGGUUGGAUGCAAAGCUCAAUUGAGCCGUCAAGGAAGUAUGUACCAUCAUGUGUAUAUCACAGCUGCAGGGGUUUCAAAAGAGCAUUUGGAUCAAAUGAAUACUGCACUGGAGAGCCAACAGAUGUUCAGCUUGGAGAGAGAACAGAAGCAGGAUUUCAUUACCUUGGACACAGUGGAGGUCGAAGAGAAGCAAUGUUGGCGGGCAAUGCACCAUGGAAGGAUGAUACUUCCCUAUCAACAGACUGGUGAUGGGUACUUGAUGGCUACAAAUCUAUCCAAAUAUUUUCGCGCCAAAUUUGCUCUCAAUCCGAGGCCGCCUGAUCGUGAUAUGCUGCAUAAUGUUAGCUUUAAAGUUUUUAAAGUUGAGAAUGUGCCUCCAUUCAAAAAUGAUCCCGACAAGAAGACGGAGUUGAAAGCUCGAGCAGUUGAAACAACUGAUUUAUUUGGAGAAGGCCCCCCUUAUGCAAUUCCAACCUUCCAAGCUCACAGUGUUGAGGUGGUAACAGCCUCACGUCAUCGGAGCUUUUAUCGAGCGGUGGAUGGCACCGGUGAUGCACUUGUGAUUCAAGUCACUAAUAACGAAGAGUUUCCAAUCCAUAUCUGUGUCAUGUCAUACCAGGCGGACGGCUCCAUUGUGGUGUUGUAUCCGCCAAAAAGGGGAGCCACUGAAGUUCUUAAACCUGGUGAGUCAGCAACAGAGAUAAGGCGUAUGCUCCUUCACCCUGAUACAGUCCGUCGCAUGGUGGAGCCAGAUUUUAAUGUUGAAAGACCUGAAGGAUGCAAUGAUGCCUUAAUGUUGUAUGCCACUACAGAGCAGACGGAUUAUGAGCCGCUCACCCAGGGGGCUAUAGACCUGAGUCCACAUCUGAGUACCCGAGGGCUUAAUACUCCUCGUGGAUGGCGUCUAGCUACCGUCAGAGAGUUUCGGGAUGCUCUGGAAUCCGAGCCCAUGGAGAGGGAGAAUGUGCGUGGGAAUCUUAAAUGGCUAACCAUGAAACGGGAAAUUAGAGUGCUCUACCACCAAGAUCAAGAACCUGUGUCGUAAACGGAUGUAAAGCGACACCCCUCCCCCCCCCCACCGAACCACUUUGAAAACAAAACAUGUCAAAGGUGGGAGGAGGGGUAGAAAAGUAAAAGAUCGAUCUAUCUUAAUCUUGUGUUGGGGGUCUUACCUGAAGAUCCUAUUAACUCUUCACUUUUUAAUCCAUGCAUAUGUUUCAACACUUUAGACAGUUUGUCACUCAUAAGUGAAGUAAAACGCUUAUAUGCUCUUCGUUGCUUAUGAAUCCUAACUGGCAGAGCAAUUGGUCAUUUUACAAACGCGGGGGAUUGGGUACUAUCGAGAGUUUGCACCUGAGACCACCGGAGUUCAAAAUCCAGCAUUGCUCUUUGAUCGCUCGUUCACACUUCUUGCUCUAUGAGCUCUCUCUAGGGAAGGUCGGGGCGAGGGACCUCGUCGGACCCCAAAUAAAGUGAAGCUAGCAAGAGGUCGGGGUGGGACGGGACGGGACGUGACGAGGGAUGAUUUGGCGGGGCGGGAUGGGAUAGGGAGUGGAGCACAACCCAGAGAAAACAAUUUAUGAUUUUGUCCUUGAAGUCCAAAUUAAUUUUUAGUUGGUUGCCUUAACGGGGAUUUUCGCAUUGCAGCAGAGCUUCUCCUUUCCACUGAACUUCUCAUGGCGUCUUUAGAGAGAAAUCUCAGUGAUUAUAAUUAUAGAAGAGUAUUUCACAUGAAUACGCUGCAGUAUUUUACAAAACGAGCUAUUGUUCCCACGGCUUGUGAGGGUAAUAGUAGAAUACUUCUCAUUUUUGCCCUAAUCUUUAUUGACUUGCAGGAAGUCAAGUCCAAGAAAUGUUUGCAUAUCAAAAUAAAUGUCUGAACUUAAGGCAGGGUAAAUAAAAGCAUUAAUUUACUUGACUUAUAGGGUAAUAAUGGGGUAAACUAUCUCACUGUUAUGAUUUUACUUUGCAAACAAAAGCUGAAGCGCAUUUGCUCUGAACCUAGUUAAUAAAUUCCCCAAUCAUGCCAUGAUUUUUAUUUUUCUUAUUAUACAAAUAAGUUGUAACUUAAAAAAAAGACAAUUAUUCUUUUAAAUGUAAAACAACAUGUUCGGAUGUUUAACAUCCAUCGUCAGGUAAUGACAAGGGAGUAAAUAAAGUGCACAAAACAAACAAGAA